GGCGCGGCCCCGCGGGCUCGGCAACCUCGGCGCAGCGAGCGCGGGCGGCCAGCCAGGGCCAGGGGGCGGUGGCGGCCACGGUCCGGCCGGGUGCCAGCUGUUCCCGACCCCCGCCUCGGGCCCGCCGCCGGCGCCGCCAUGGGCAAGAAGCACAAGAAGCACAAGGCCGAGUGGCGCUCGUCCUACGAGGAUUAUGCCGACAAGCCCCUGGAGAAGCCUCUAAAGCUAGUCCUGAAGGUCGGAGGAAGUGAAGUGACUGAACUCUCAGGAUCCGGCCACGACUCCAGUUACUAUGAUGACAGGUCAGACCAUGAGCGAGAGAGGCACAAAGAAAAGAAAAAGAAGAAGAAGAAGAAGUCCGAGAAGGAGAAGCAUCUGGACGAUGAGGAAAGAAGGAAGCGAAAGGAAGAGAAGAAGCGGAAGCGAGAGAGGGAGCACUGUGACACGGAGGGAGAGGCUGACGACUUUGAUCCUGGGAAGAAGGUGGAGGUGGAGCCGCCCCCAGAUCGGCCAGUCCGAGCGUGCCGGACACAGCCAGCCGAAAAUGAGAGCACACCUAUUCAGCAACUCCUGGAACACUUCCUCCGCCAGCUUCAGAGAAAAGAUCCCCAUGGAUUUUUUGCUUUUCCUGUCACGGAUGCAAUUGCUCCUGGAUAUUCGAUGAUAAUAAAACAUCCCAUGGAUUUUGGCACCAUGAAAGACAAAAUUGUAGCUAAUGAAUACAAGUCAGUUACGGAAUUUAAGGCAGAUUUCAAACUGAUGUGUGAUAAUGCAAUGACAUACAAUAGGCCAGAUACCGUGUACUACAAGUUGGCGAAGAAGAUCCUUCACGCAGGCUUUAAGAUGAUGAGCAAAGAGCGGCUGUUAGCUUUGAAGCGCAGCAUGUCGUUUAUGCAGGACAUGGAUUUUUCUCAGCAGGCAGCUCUUUUGGGCAAUGAAGAUACAGCUGUUGAGGAACCUGUCCCUGAAGUUGUACCAGUACAAGUAGAAACUGCCAAGAAAUCCAAAAAGCCGAGUAGAGAAGUUAUCAGCUGCAUGUUUGAGCCUGAAGGGAACGCCUGCAGCUUGACGGACAGUACCGCAGAGGAGCACGUGCUGGCGCUGGUGGAGCAUGCAGCUGACGAAGCUCGGGACAGGAUCAACCGGUUCCUCCCAGGCGGCAAGAUGGGCUAUCUGAAGAGGAACGGGGACGGGAGCCUGCUCUACAGCGUGGUCAACAUGGCCGAGCCGGACGCUGAUGAGGAGGAGACCCACCCGGUGGACUUGAGCUCGCUCUCCAGUAAGCUCCUCCCAGGCUUCACCACGCUGGGCUUCAAAGACGAGAGAAGAAACAAAGUCACCUUUCUCUCCAGUGCCACUACUGCGCUUUCGAUGCAGAAUAAUUCAGUAUUUGGCGACUUGAAGUCGGACGAGAUGGAGCUGCUCUACUCAGCCUACGGAGAUGAGACAGGCGUGCAGUGUGCGCUGAGCCUGCAGGAGUUUGUGAAGGAUGCUGGGAGCUACAGCAAGAAAGUGGUGGACGACCUCCUGGACCAGAUCACAGGCGGAGACCACUCUAGGACGCUCUUCCAGCUGAAGCAGAGAAGAAAUGUUCCCAUGAAGCCUCCAGAUGAAGCUAAGGUUGGGGACACCCUAGGAGACAGCAGCAGCUCUGUUCUGGAGUUCAUGUCGAUGAAGUCCUAUCCCGACGUCUCUGUGGAUAUCUCCAUGCUCAGCUCUCUGGGGAAGGUGAAGAAGGAGCUGGACCCUGACGACAGCCAUUUGAACUUGGAUGAGACGACGAAGCUCCUGCAGGACCUGCACGAAGCACAGGCGGAGCGCGGCGGCUCUCGGCCGUCGUCCAACCUCAGCUCCCUGUCCAACGCCUCCGAGAGGGACCAGCACCACCUGGGUGAGACGCCCCCACCCACGCCGCAUCCCCAGAGACCCCAGCACAGUCAGUGUGACGUCUAGACGAGGAAGCCCUUCUCGCCUGAGUGUCGGGGAGCAGCCAGACGUCACCCACGACCCCUAUGAGUUUCUUCAGUCUCCAGAGCCUGCGGCCUCUGCCAAGACCUAACUCUAGACCACCUUCAGCUCUUUUAUUUUAUUUUUUUAGUUUUAUUUUUCACGUGUAGAGUUUUUGUCAUCAGACAAGGACUUUGAUCCUGUCCCCUUUGGCAUGCGGGAAGCAGCCCCGGGGAGGUAAUGAAUUGUCUGUGGUAUCAUGUCAGCAGAGUCUCCAAGCCCCACGAACCCUGAGGAGUGGAGUCAUACGCGAAGGCCAUAUGGCCAUCGUGUCAGCAGAGAGAGUCUCUGUACACAGCCCCGUGAACCCUGAGGAGUGGAGUCAUACACGAAGGGCGUGUGGCCGUCGUGUCAGCAGAGAGAGUCUCUGUACACAGCCCCGUGAACCCUGAGGAGUGGAGUCAUACGCGAAGGGUGUGUGGCCAGGCUGCAGAGCUGCGUGCCGUCUGUGUCCGAGCAUCACGUGUGGCUCCAGCCCUUGUUUCUGCCAGUGUAGACACCUCUGUCUGCCCCACUGUCCCGGGGUCGCUCUUGGGAGGCACAGGCAUGGGUGUGUCUGGCCUCAUUCUGUAUCAGUCCUGCGUGUUCCUGUCAUAGUUUGUGUUUCCCAGGCAGGCCAUGGUAGGGGCCUCGCAGGGGCCAUUGGGGAGCACAGGGCCAGGCUGGGGUGAGGAGAGCUCCCCUGUUUUCUGUUUAAUUGAUGAGCCUGGGAAAGGAGUGUGUUCUGCCUGCCCGUUACAGUGGAGCGUUCCGUGUCCAUAAAACGUUUUCUAACUGGG